UGUAACUAAUGGAGACAUUUAUAGAUGAAACUUCACUCCUUAAAGAAAUUAACUCAGCACCAUCAAUUUUGGCUAGUAACUGAUCAAUUUUAUCAAUUGUUGCCCUCUGGGUUUCCAUAAACUUCGUUAUAAGGUUCAAUAUGUCUGUAAACGUAAUAAAUAAAUCUUGUAAGUAGGCAUUAGAUAAGAAACUGGGCCCGAAUCACGGCUCUCGUGAACAAGUGACCGUUCAAAUAAAGUAUACUUACUUUUUACACCAAUUAAAUAAACUCCGGAAAGGACACAGAAAAUUAUUAAUAACAAAAAAAUGUAUCUAGUUUUUAAUAAAUAUUUUUUAAUUAUUCAGCUGUCACACACUCGAGCUUAACAAAUAAAAGAAAACUAAUUUUUUACAAUAGUACAAGUAGAAAAUAUUUACACUCGCAUUCUCUCACAAUAUUCACGCUGCAAUGCUCGUGUGCGAGGGUGUUGCGAGCUCAUUUGUGGACAUCUUGGGAUGCUCUGGCUAAAGGCUCGAGCACCCGUAUUUCUAUCGCAAUAUUCACGCUGCAAUGCUCGUGUGCGAGGGUUUUACGAUCAAAGAAGUUUCACAAUCGUCCUUUGCUCACAUGCGAGCUCAUUUGCGGAUAUUUUGCGACACUCUCGCUAAAGGCUUGUGCGCUGGUCCGCUGGGAUUAAACAAAUUUCAACUUCAUAAUGGAUGGCAACCCUAAUAAAAAUAUAUAUUUAAGCCACAGCUUUCUUAAGACUCUUUUUUUGACCACAAUAUUGAAAUAUUUCACAAAGCUUGUAUAUAAUUUUUCAAAUUCGGCUUUUGAAACAGGUUUCAACUCCCUUCAAAAAUAUAUUUAAACCAAAAAUUUCUUAAACCUCUUUCGUCUGACACCCAGGUGACAGCCCUCUUCAAAAACCUUUAAAAUAUUCUAAAUGUACGAAAGUGUUAUAUUUCGUUUGACCACCAUAUUGUAAUAUUUCAUAUAAGUUGUACAUAAUUUAAUUUAAUCCGAAUUUUAAAACAGGUGGCAAAUCGUGUCCAAACUAUUAUAAAUUUAAAACCUCUUUUGUCUGACACUCAUAUUGUUAUACAUACUUUAAUAACCUUGUCCUUGUAUUCGCUUUACAAUUUGUAUUCGUCUUUGUCGUCGUCCUCGUAUUUGCAUUCGUCCCCUUAAUUGCCUUCGUAUUCGUGAUCAUAUUCGCCUUCGUCUUCGUAUUCGUCCACGUAAUCGUUAGUUGGCCUUCAUAUUACCCUAUAAACAUUUUGGCGAACGUUCGAAAAUUACCUUCGAUAUCCAAUAUGAAUAUCGAACUGAGAAUGAACUCAUAACCAACAUUAGUUUUCCAACGUUCAUAGUGUAUUGGAAAUACAUUCGAGAUGUGUUCGAAAGAAAUUUAAAACCAAAGUAACAAGAGAGGAAGUGAAAUCCAACUCUUCUUCGAAUGGAAAUAUAAUACAAUCACUCUCUCUCAUUAAAAUUUAAAUUCGAUAAUGGGCUGGAUUUCGAAUUCAUAACGAAGGAAAAAUUUAUUGGAUUCUGUAUCUUAAGAAUUGUGCUUUUGUUUUCCAUUUCGGGCCAGUAGGACCGCCAAACGUAGGCGGACAAAAUUCAUGUUGUUCUAUUAAUAUAUAAAUGCCACCGCCCCGCCUUGGUGGGGUUCCAUCGAAAUUCCCUCCAACGUGACUUUCUUGAACAUCUGGCUGAACUGAGUACAGCUAACAUCUAUGAUUCUAUGAUCUUAAUCAGAAUAACGAAUUGGUUUCACUUCCAGGUGAAAGGGUGCCUGCUUCCAACUUUGGAUGAGGGCAAUCACGAUAACCUAGCCCAACCUGGCUAGGCAGAAUUUGACACUGAUUUAGUAACAUACUGACCAGAUCUAGAAAUUCGUUUGGAAUAUUUUUUGGGUGCUCUCUUUAAUAGAAUGCGAAGCCUGUUUUUCAUAUUCUAGCCAUCUGAAGGUAAUCAUUGAGGUAAUAAAUAUCUAAGGUUCCCCUAAGGUACCCGCACAACACUUUUGUUUGGAUAGUCCUGAUGUUUCACUUCGUUGUAAUGAGGACACGAAUCAGCUGGGUAGAGGUUAUGCCAUUUUUACGAGAACGGUCUCAUCUAUAUAUGUACAUACAUACGCACCAUGGCUUAACUACAAAUUUGCUUAUACUACAUUAUUUAAAAGAAGAGUACAAAUGUUUGACAUAUAAAAUAAUACACAUAAUACGAUUUUGACACUAUAAUUUGCAAACACAAAAGCCACAGAAAUUCAAAAGAAAUCGAAAGUAUAAGGUUGAAGCCAAGGAAUAUUUUCCACAAGCCACAAAUUGCUUGGUAAAAAGUUGAAACGAUCGACACAAUUCCAAAGCGGUAGCACUUAAGGGCCUAUUACAAAUUGAAAGCAACAACAUGCAACAAGCAAAGUAUUACAAAAGGAAUCCACAACAAUGGAUUUGCAGAGACAACAUUACAAAAACAGUCAUACAUAAUAACAGGCGAUUGUUAAGAAAUAAAUACAUACCUGUAUGUAGAUAUUCACUAUGUGCAAAAAAAAACCUCUGCGGCAGCAUGAAAACAAUUAAACGUUUUGACCGCAAGCCAAUUAAGCCGGUGCCCCUAGAAAAACCCACAAGAAGAGAAAUACGAUCAGGAGCAAACGAACGAAAAGAUACAAAGCGAGAAGCGUCAACGAAUCAGAAACACGGAUUGCUUGGCCAGCACCGUCAGGUGAGGACAGGUAAGCCAGGAGAAUACGAAUUUCAGCCAAUCAAACCAUUUUUACACAGCGCAUCCUUAAGGCCGCUGCCACGACGGAUGCGCAUAAAUAGCACACACAGCAACCGAAAUGCGCACAGUUCUUAUUCGUCGUCAAAGUUGUGUAGAGCAGCUAACAAAGCAAAACAAAAAAAAAAAAGCAAAUCGAAAUGUUAACCAGUGAAUAUUGUGACACCGACUUCUCGUGUUACUCCGCCACGAUGCGCCUGUUUGAAGGCCACUCGGAAUCAAGUGAAAAUUACACAAAAGUGCUCAGUGAUAAUAUGGAGGAGCUUGCGGCUUUGUAUGGCAUGGAGUUUAGUAGCGAUAGUCCAGCAUUAUCAUCAGCAUCGUCUUCCUCUUUGUCGUCAUCGUCAUCGCCGCCAGCGUUAUCCUUAGAAAAUCCACCGGAAAUAGUCGACUACGACAACGAUUUCCUGAGAGACUUCAAAUUCGAACACACAAUUGAGAGCACGCAACGCGUAUCUGGCAUUAAAGAAAUUCACAAAUUUUGGCCAUCCUCCAAAUUGCAAAGUGCAUUGACGUCCGCGCAACCAUUUAGCGAAUGUUGGGCAUCAUCACCGUCGGCAGAAGGAUCAGAAAAACGAAAAAUGUUGGGUAGAACGACGUUUAGAAUUGAUGCUUUGCCACCAAGUCAGCGCCAUCUCAACAAAAUGUCCGCCAUCUCAGCGAAUGCGUCUAACUGCGCCACACAGGAUGUCCAGCGAAAGCGCCGCCUUGCCGCGAAUGCACGCGAACGGCGACGCAUGAAUAGCUUGAAUGAUGCUUUCGAUAAGCUACGCGAUGUUGUUCCUUCGCUGGGUAAUGAUCGGCGCCUCUCGAAAUAUGAAACGCUGCAAAUGGCUCAAGCGUAUAUUGGCGACUUGGUUAAGCUAUUGACGCGAGAUUAUUAAAUUUUUAUUUUUUUGUGGGGUAGGUGGAAGCGGGGCUGUUAUUUGUAAAUUGUAAAAGGUAGAAUAAUUAGAUUUUAAUUAUAGGAUUAGUUUGUUAACUUAUUUUAAUAAUGAAAAAAUA